AUGUUCACCAGUAUAAUACUGGUCGCAUUGCUUGCGGCAUACAGCAUAGCCGAUAAGGAUUUAGAGACAUUUUUCAAGGAUUACAAAAUUGUUCCCGAUAUGAUUGAUGAAGCACCAAAGGAGAAACUAAAGUUAGAAAUGGACAAUGGCCUCUUGGUAGGAGAUGGCGUUGAAUAUAAACCAGCCGAUAUGAUGUCAAUUCCCAUUAUCGAUUGGCCUUCCGCCGAUCCCAAUAAAUAUUAUUCCGUUUAUAUGGGUUGUCCUGAUGCUCCCGAUUCCAAGGAUCCCCGAUGGGCUGAAUCAGUUCAUUGGCUGGUGCUAAACGUUCCCGGUAAUCAAGUGGAUAAGGGUGAAAUCUAUUGCACAUAUAUUGGACCUUUUCCCCCAAAAAAUGCUGGAAUUAUGCGCUACGUUUAUUUGGUCUAUGAACAACCGAAUAAAAUUGAUUUUGACGAGAAAGUCAUUGAUCCCUCCGAUGGAAAGGCGCAUAUGAAUUAUAAAAUAAGGAAAUUUGCUGAAAAAUAUAAUUUGGGUGCGCCGAUUGCAGGUAACUUAUAUCGUGCCCAAUGGGAUGAAUCGGUACCGGGUCUACAUAAAAGUAUUAAUUUAAAGACAACAACAAAAAUCCUCGUCUACGAUAAGUCACAACAUCAACCUCAUCAGCAACAACAGCCCUAG